AUGCGCGUCACUUCCGGCUCCUGGCGCGGGAUGGCUGGCGGGCGCGGACGGGUCUCCCGGAGCCGGCGGGGGCCCAUGGCGGCUGGGAAGGGGGCGCUGGGGCUCCGCGCCCCCGAGGAGGCGGUGAACCGCUGGGUGCUGCAGUUCUACUUCCACCAGGCCGUGGGGGCCUAUCGGGCCCGUCGGAACCGGGACUUCCGCGAGUUCCGCGACGUGAUGCAGGCUCUGCUACUGCGGCCCCUGGUUAAGGAGCCUGCAAUCUCCCGGCUGCUCCGGAUUAUGCAGUUUCUUUCAAGAAUUGAGGAGGGAGAGAACCUAGAUUGCACCUUUGAUACAGAGUCAGAGCUCACCCCUCUUGAAUCUGCAAUCGGUGUGCUGGAGCUGAUUGAGAGAGAAUUUCCUGUGUCUGAGGUGGCAAUGGAAUCUGUUAGAAAAAUGGUGAAGCAAGCUGCUGUUAUCAUUUGUAUUAAAAAGAGAGAGUUUGAUAAAGCCUCAAAAAUUCUGAAAAAAAACAUGGCAAAGGAUCCCAGCACCCAGAAACUGAGGACAGAGUUGCUCAGCAUUAUCCGUGAGAAGAAUUUGUCUCAUACGAUGAUCCGAAAUUUUUCCUACAAGACUUUUCAGCAGAGUGCGUUCCAGUUCUUGGAGACCUACCUGGAGGAUUCAGAGCCCUUUCUCUUGACCAUGGCGAAAAAGACUUUGAAUUCAGAAUAUAUUGAUGAAACUAAGAAGCUGGCAUUAGUUCCAGAGCCUGUGGAAGUAGUGGCUCCAAAGCCUGUGGAAGUAGCUAAGCAACCACCAGUGGCAGCUCCAGACAGUGUGGAAGUAGCUAAGCAACCACCAGCGGCAGCUCCAGACAGUGUGGAAGUAGCUAAGCAACCACCAGCGGCAGCUCCAGACAGUGUGGAAGUAGCUAAGCAACCACCAGCGGUCGCUCCAGACAGUGUGGAAAUGUCUUCAAAUGACUUUGAGAGGCAGCCGCCUGGAACUGUAACCACAUAUGGGAUUUCUGCUCUGAGAGAAGCUUUCAAGACCUUGUCAAAUUCCCAAGAUUCUGAUGCAGCCUUUACCAAACUGGAUGAAACAGACUUUUCUUUCCCCAAGCAAUUGUCCCCUUCUGUAUCCCACAGACUCAAGAGGCAGAGAGAAGAGGAGAAUCCACCCUUGGAGACCUCAGACACACCUAAAUCACCUCCAAAGAGUAAACGCUUGUUCACUAUAAGCAGACUGAUUAUGGAGCAGGACAGCCAGAGCACUGAGCUGAGUGAGACGCCAGACUCAUCCCAGGAGCCAGUGGUAUCUUCUGCAUUCAGGACUCUUGUUCAAAAGCCACAUGUUCAGCGUGUAUCUUCCAGAAGUCCCAAGCCACUGAAAGCAAGAUGGAACACCUCGAAUGGGCAAGAAGAAAAGGACACAUGGAGUGAGGAAGAUGAGCUCUUCCUGGACAAGAAGUCCCCUGGGAGAAAUAGCCACAGCUCUUCAAUCCUCGGUUCCAAGAAGCAGAGGUGGACAGUACAGGAAAGCGAGUGGAUCAGAGAAGGAGUGAAGAAGUUUGGAGAAGGGAACUGGAAAAUCAUUUGCAAAAAGUUCCCCUUUGAGAACCGCACCUCGGUGAUGAUUAAGGAUCGCUGGCGGACCAUGAAAAAGCUGGGACUCCACUGAAAACAGCAGUUGAGAACUCUUAGAGUGACACUUGCUCUCAUUUCUCUCCAAAAGAUGGACCAAAGCAACAACUGCCAUGGGAGGAGGCUUGUAGUCCCCUUCCUAGCAAUGUGAUAGGAACGAUGUGGAGACUUGUUAUGGCUGCUUGGGAGAGCUGAAUGCUACAGCUGGAAGAAGCAAAGUUUGACUAGAGCUUGUGAAACCUUCCUAGUUCUUGUAUUUAGCCGGAGUUUAGGUCUUUGUCUGUCAACAGAAGCAACCCAGCCUGAGUAACUAUGGAAAUAGGCUAGUAAAGGUGCUACAAUGCUGAUAUGUUGUAUAUGUUCAGAAACAGCGAGGACUCUGGCAGCCUUUGCCCUGUGAGCAUUCGAGCUGGAACCUGAGUGGCCUGUAGCCGGGUCGCAGCUUUCUCUACUCAGAGGCUGGUUGAAUGGCAGGGUAAUCCUGUCACCGACUGGUUUAUCUAUAGUCAUUUUCUUCAACCGAUUGUGAAUCACUUGGCUGAUCGGCUUUCUCCAUCUGCCCCUCCCAGAGGGGCAAGCAGCAGUGUAGGCUGAGCGGUGCUGAGUUGCCCCGGCAGAAGUCUGGUUUCUUGGCAAGGGGACUGCCGUUGGGUUCCACAUUUCUCUGCUUUGUACAUUUUUAUAUUGAGUGGGGAUUUCUUCCUCCACGUUUUUUUGAUGCUUUAAAAUAGAUGUUUUGUUUUGUCUUUGUGCUCAUUAGUUUCUAGAAUGUUUGGAGCCAGAUGUCAUCAAGUUAAAAGUUAGUGUUCAGUUGGUUUGACUUGCCUCCUUCUUCGCAAAAUUCCCUUCCUUGUGUCUGU